AUGGUUACCCAGAAUGUCCCUGUCGAGCCGUACUCGGUGGGUUUGCCGGCGACACCCGAAUCGCUGGUGCUCCAGCACGAGGUGGAACAGCUCCUGUACCUUGAAGCCCGGCUGCUGGACGACUGGAACCUCGACGCCUGGCUGACCCUGUACACCCCGGACGCCCGUUACAUCGUGCCCACGACUGACCUGCCGGAGGGCGACCCGGCGUCCGACCUGGUGUUCAUAGACGACGAUUACCGGCGGAUGCAGGGCCGGGUCGUGCGUCUCCAGAGCCGCCACGCUCACCGGGAAUACCCGUGGUCUCGAACGCGCAGGUUCAUCUCAAACGUGAUGGUAACCGCGCAGGAUGGGAACGAAAUAGAGGCCACCGCUUCGGUGGCGGUGUGGCGGUUCCGCGCCGGCGAGGCGUCGCCUUACGUGGGCCGUUACGACGUGCGCCUGCGCCGUGUCGAUGGCAACCUUCGGAUCUGCCGAAAGCGCGCUAUCCUCGACCUUGAGGAGUUGUCCGACCACGGGGCAUUGAGCAUCAUAUUCUGA